UUGGCAGGUCCGGAGUCCCGCCUCUUCCGGUUCACAGGCUUGACCUUCCUGCAGCUGGGCCGCGCACCGGGCCGACAUUGAGGCGUCCUCGCGAUUUGGCCCGACUCGCCCACUCUCGCGACAUCAUGGUGGCGUACUGGCGACAGGCUGGACUCAGCUACAUCCGAUACUCCCAGAUUUGUGCAAAAGCAGUGAGAGAUGCACUGAAGACAGAAUUCAAAGCAAAUGCCGAGAAGACUUCUGGCAGCACCGUGAAAAUUGUGAAAGUGAAGAAGGAGUAAUCGACCCGCCCAGAGCUUGAAAUGCUGCAUUUUCAAGGUGAAGAUGUGUGGGUAUAUGCUAUGGCCGACUGGAAACCACCUCCCUUCGUCAAAAAACGAAACAAAAAAAACCCUGUCUUGUUCUAGAUGGACGAUGCCAAUAAAUUGAAGUAUGGUCCA